AUGCUCACUCGAGGACGCAACAAAACACCCGAAAAUCACAAAUACCAGAUUGGGGACCUGGUAUGGGACGCUUGGGGGUCCGCUGCCGCCGAAAUCCUGGAAAUCGGCGAAGAAAAAAUGCUCCUCCAGUACUCCAGCUCUUUCAAGGCCAAUAUCGCAUCGCGAAAAUUGAAGUAUAUCUCCCCAUAUGAUGGUCCUUUCAAUUAA